AUGACCACUACGACCGACGAAUCCGAAGACCCUCAGUUGGCAGCCUGCGACAUUGGGCCACGGAGGAUGAGAGAAUCCCUGGCCGUUUUGAGUCUUCUCCAUGACUUUCCGGCGCUUCAACGCUUCGCGGAAAGAUGGGGGCAAUUUCAUCGAUAUUUGACAAUGAUCGAUUUCUUUGUGGGGGACUGCAUUAGAUCUGUCAAGUUAGAUCUGGUGGACGACGGUUCAUUGACGUCGGAGACAGCCAUGAGAGCGGCAGCCGAGAGGCUAUUCCGAAAUACCUGCAAGAGAAUCUCAAUCUCCAAGGCCGUGCGAAUGGUCGAUUUCAUCAAGUUCUUCACUGGUGCAUCAUUACGAUGGGAAGCUCUCGCAGUCUUCUUCCUUGCCUGUGGACUUUGCUGUAGCUCUCUCCGCUCCAGAGAUGACCCGAUAUUCGAUUCUUUUGGCCAUCGACAACAAGACAAACAGGCCCUCAUGGAAAGGAUUCUCCAGGCCAGUCGUGCUUGUGUCUCUUACUGCGAGGAUGCUGGUGAGCUCAGCGAUCUAGGGAUGUGGGUUCUUCAUGAGAACACCAUAUUCAUUAGCCAGGUCCUCGGAGAUAACCACUACCUUGUCUGGAGGCAGUGCCAUGACGCAUCAGCCCAUAUCAUCGAACGAGGUUUACACAUGGAAAACAGGAGCGUGUUGCGGCAGCAGCCGUUUUGGCUCAUUGAGAUGCGUCGGAGGGCCCUCGCUUGUGCCUUUUCAACCGACAAGCUCCUGUGUACCUUUGUUGGGCGCCCUCCUCGUCUGAGCCAGAGAUAUUGCCUGAUACACGUUCCACUUGAUCUGGAACUGUCAGAAUUGUGUCUUGAGGGCACAAAACUCCAAGAAGCUCUAUCCAACAUUGAUGAGGAUGGCUGGAACAGGAAAUAUUCAAAGAAAGCCGCGUAUCUCCGUUGCUUCGUGCUUUCAUCGCGAUUGCGAGAGGAGGUCCUUGAACUCUCACUCGGCCCUCCACAGGAUCAUCUGCUCGAGAAGGCAAUGGACAUAAUCCGCCGCAACAGGGAGCUGCUUAGCUCUUUUCCCGAACGCAUCCGCUACAACACCGACAUGUGGAACCAUGCGGAUCCUGCCCGAGCCUUCAUGGCCGCGCAAGCCUACCUCGACGUCCUAUACAACGAGUUCAUGCUUCGACGUACCCUAUACCGACGUCUCGGAGAAAGUCGGUCUGAGCUCUUAAAGCUCUCGCACAGAAUCCUCUCGGUCAUUCUCCAGGUCAGCAAUAUCCGAGGUUGUCACACUUCAAAUGCCGAUUACAUUCCCUGGAUCAUGGUUUUAUACGGUCUACCCACCGCUGGGGUGCUGUCACUUGAGCUGCUUCAAGGAAGACAGGUGCGCUCGCCGUCGCUCCCCGGUGAGUUCUCGUGGACGCAAGUCAUACCAGAUCUUUGCGUCUUCAUCUCGAAUCUUAAAUGGAUGCACGUCCCUGGUGAUGGCAACUAUAAACUCUCAGAGCAAGCCCACAAAUCGCUACAGCAGAUCCUCGACAAAGUCUUAUCGGACUACAUCGUGUCUCCAGUCCAGCACGAUCCGAUUCUGACAUCACCCCAUCAGCCGACUCGUGGUUUGGAAGAUCCUGCAGACGGCUUUUCUUGGUACGAAAGCACGGAGUUUGAUAUCGACUUCUGGAUAAACCUCCCCGACAACCUACAGCUAUCCUGA